UAGUUCUGUGUCACCUUCUGUUGAUAAUUACUGCAUUUUGUUGAAUUGCAUGCAUGUUAUAAUUUAUAAUUUUUAACCAAAUGAUGUGUUAUGUUGAUGUGCCUAUCUGAAUUUAUGUUUUUAAUUCAUACUACGGAUGAGGGCAUUAACCAAGACUUAUUUAAUGUUUCAAAUUUUUUAAUUGACUAAAACUCAUGUUUUUGUAGGUAAAAUUAAUUGUAUAACCUUUAUAUUAAAGGGAUCUUUUCACGCUUUGGUAAAUUGACAAAAUUGAAAAAAGUUGUUUUAGAUCCGCAAAUUUUCGUUUUAGUUUUGAUAUUUGUGAGGAAACAGUAAUACUGAACAUUUACCAUGCUCUAAUAUAGCCAUUAAAUGCAUCUUUUGACGAUUUUAAAACCUAAAAAUUAUAAAGCGUUGCAACGCAAAACGAUUGAAUAAUUUGGAGAGUUCUGUUUUUGUCGUUAAAUUUUGUGAAACUACGAAGAUUGCUUAUAUAAGGUAUAAAAUACGUUAAGAAUGUGUACUCGGCGGAAUAGCUCAGUAGGCUAAAGCGUUUUUACUUCUGGACUCUGGCAGGACUCCAGGGGUCACUGGUUCGAAACCUGCUCCGGGCAAUGUUCUUUUCCUUUUUUUAAUUUUAUUCUUGAUUUUUUACUGGAGCUUUUACGAUCCAAUGUUUACAUUUAUCAAUAUAAAGCAUUUUAAUGAAUAAGUUAAAAAAUGCCAAAAUCUGUGAAAAGGCCCCUUUAAGAUCACCUUUAAAAAUAAUUCUUGGAAUGAACAAUCUAACACAAGUUUAAAAGUCAUGGCGUCCUGUUAAAGAUUUAAUUUGAAUCAGGAACCAUCAAACAUGGCAUAAUAUAUCUUUUAUUUUUGGCUAUUCAUGCCAUGUUUUAUAUUUCAGCAGCAAAAAUAUUAGGUCAUAAUCAUGGGAAUUUACUAAUGGUUUUUGUACAGUAUUAAAUGAAUCUGUUAUGAUAAUGUUAAUGAUACAUCCUUUCCUAGGCCAAUGACAAAAGGAGGGCAGAUUCUCUAUAUACCUAUUACUACAAGAGAAUAAGCAGCAAUGAACAUGCAAAGUCCUUAGAAGCUUCAAUCAUGGCCAAAGCUUUAAAUGAUGACUGCACUGACAUUGAGUUUAAUGAAGAAAAUAAUGAAGCUUCUGAGAAAGAUAUUGAACAAACUGUGAAUAUUAAAGAGUCAACAAAUAAUUGCCAAGAGAAUUAUGAAGCAGUAGAUGAUUUGCAGAAUGACAUUAAGGCCAAUGAAGCAAUGAGGAAUGAGCCAGCAGAAGAGUUUCAAAAUACAGAUAAAGUUGUUUAUGAUUCUGCAGAGGACAUUGAUGAUUUGGAGGAGGAGGCCAGGCCAAUAAUGAGCAUUUUUAUUGUUCCGCUAAAUGAUGAGAAUGAAGACACUCUCAGCCCUUCCAGCUUUCAGGGUAGGAGUUCACCUUGGCCUUUUGAGGCUAACAAAUCUAAAGACAAUGUUGAAAAUUCUCUUGAUUAUCAAGCUGAUUUGGGAACGGAAAAUACUGAUGAUAAGCAAGCUCAAAUUAAUUCUGUGGUUUCAUAUCCUUACCAAAGUUUAUCUUAUAUUGAUAAUGCUAACAUAUUUCAAAAUGGAAAACAGAUAGAAAAGGGAUCAGUCGGUAAAAAUGAGACCAACGUUGCAUCUAAUUAUGGAAAACUUGCUUCAAAAUUGCACCUUUCUGGCAUGCCAUUAGAAACACUUGAAGAGUCAAUAACAGAAGUAGAAAAAGCACAGCAAAUAGAUAAGGGUGAACUGGUUAUUGAAGAUGAACUGAUAAGUGUGGUUGAGAAAUAUUCCGUAAGUCAGGUCUUUGAUUUGACAUUGGGAAGAAGGAAACUAAAAGGUCAUGACCUUACCUUGACUCCACAGAUGGCUAAAAAUAAAAUGGCGCAAUCUGCCAUCCAGUCAGCCCCUGUUUCUAGGAGAGCAUCCAUUGUGAGUGAUACUGCAUCUGUCAUAUCAUCGGCUAGUUUAACUGUAAGGUCAUCAAAGGAAUCAAAGACGAAGACUAAGAGAGCAGAGUCACCCCAUUCAUUACCAAAGACAGACUUCAUAUCCAGUAGCUGUCCGGAUAUUUUUCUGACUCAAGACGAUGAUGAGAAAUGGAUAAAGUUCCCCAACUCAGAGUACAUGAAAGGGUUCAAGAAGAAGAAACUCGACCCCUCUGAAUACCCCACUGCUGAAGACUGUAUACUGGAGAUGGUCAACUACCAACUCAAGAACACCAGAGAUGGAAAAGGUUUACACUGCUACAGUAUAGAUGACUUUGCGGACAGUAGAGUGUUGUGUGCUAUAGUCAACUCCUUUGUGCCAAAUACAUUUACUGCAGACCUGCUUCUCAAUGACAGGUGGACAAUAAACUUGGCCUUGAAGACAGCAGAGAAGAUGUUCUAUGCUGAGACUCCAUUUGAAGCAGAAGAUCUUGUUGAGGCAGACAACCAGGCAGUGUGCGCAUACUUUGCCUUCUUCUUCAUGGUGGCUUACAGAUACAGGCAGACAACUGCGGUGGUAAACAGAGUGGACUUCAUCAACAUGCUGAUAAGGGAGACAAAUCAUGAGCUGGAGAAGUUCCCUGCCAUUAUCUCCAACAUGUCUGAGCUGCAGAGGCGUAAGGACCUGAAGUCACAGCUGGAGAAACACAGGCUAGCUAUUGAAAAUCUCCAGAAGAAGUUUGAUGUGGAUUUCUGCAGGAAGUGGGUACAGCAUGUUGAUCACGUGCAAAAUGAGCUGCGACGUGAGAUCCGUGACAAGAUGAGAGCCAGGUUUGAGAUUGUGGAGGUGCCUAGGAAUAUAUCCAUUAAUGACCUGUGUCUCGCAGCCGUCAUCAACUUGAGUUUGACAAAUGGCAGUGGGUUCUAUCUCUCCACUAGCAAGGAGACAAUAGGUGAAGGACGAAAAAUUGUUCUGCGGAGAAAGGAAACUGGAGAGUAUAUAGAAGAUUUCACUUACAGAUCUAAGUUGAGUGUGCAUCAGGCUUUAAGAUUACCAGAUGUGCCAGGUCAGGUUCUUGAGCUCAACACAGAGGACUACCCAGAAUUUGAGUUCUACUUUGAAGCGCCUAGUAGAAACAAACAACUUCGCUCUGGUAGCUUUUUUUUGUACCAAGUUUUUCCCGGAAACACAGUUACUUGGCAACGGCUCUUCAUCAAGAGUGCAAGGGAGGCUGAAUAUGAGACUGUAGAAAAAAUGAUUGCAUUCUUCAGAGAGGACUCAACCUUUGUAAACUGCAAAGAACCAAAAACUGGCCAUACAGCUCUUCAUUGGGCCAGUCGGAUGGGCCAUUUUGAAGUUGUUCGUCUGCUGCUUGAAAAUGGAGCUGGUCUGGACGUGAAGAAUAAUUUCCUCUGCACACCAGUCAACCUUGCCAUUGAAGCCUUACAGAGACGAGUCUGUCAUUUGCUGGUGGAGUGGGGAUGUAAUGUGCAUAGCAAGAAUGUGAGAGGGCAAUCUGUGCUGGAGACCAUAAAAAACGAGGACUUUAAAAGAUAUUUAAUGGACCUGUAUGAGCACUACUCUGACAUUGUCCCAAGGAUCAUGAACGGGGACAUGAAGCUGCUGGACCAGGUCAUCGCUGACCACGCUGCUGGUCUUCGUGAGUUCUGCUGCUUGAGAAGCAGGUGCAUCAAUGGCAGCACGCUUCUGCACACUGCCUGUUACUAUGGUCACAUGCCGGCCAUCAAGGACCUGCUGUCCCUAAGGGUGGACGUGAACAUUCGGGACUACAAGGGCGCCACACCCCUCCAUCGGGCAAAGGACCCUGAUGUCAUGGAGAUUCUGCUGGAGGCAGGUGCCAAUGUGAAUGCCGAGGACUCGGAGAGUAACACGCCCCUACAUGUGAAGUGCUAUGGGGAGACCAACAAGCCCUCGGAGCUAGACUGCAUACAGAUGCUGCUCAACAAGAGUGCUAGUCUGGUCAUUAGGAACAGCAGGGGCCUGUUGCCCAUACACUGCUGUGUGAUGCAAGGUCGUAUUGACGUCAUGCAGCUGUUGUUGAAACAUGACAAGAAUAACUCCAUGGCAACGGCACUUGGGAAGGAAAACGACAAGCGACCCCCGAGUCUUAUUCAUCUAGCCAUCGCAAAUGACUUUCCUGAAUGCGCUGAAUGGCUGAUUUCCAACAGUUUCCAGUUUAAGGACAAGGAACAGGACAUUUUGAUGAGGAGAAUCCUUACAGAACAGAUCAAACUAACAAAGCGAGGGGAAGUAUUGAAGUUUCUACUGGACCAUGGAGCAGAACCAAGUCCUAAGUAUCCUGGAGGAAACACGGCUCUGCACUAUGCUGCUGGGCUAUCAGGCCCCAGUGAUGUGCUGGAGUUACUUGUCUCAUACGGUGCAGAGAUCGACAUCGUCAAUGAGGAUGGCUGCACACCACUAUUCUUUGCCACACAGUCCAACAACAAGUUUGCAGCUUGUGUGCUUAUUUCUCAGGGGGCCAAUGUGCGACAAAAGAACUCUUUAGGUUUGACAGCGUUUGAUUAUAUAGUGGACUUUGAAGAAUGGAUCGAGUGUGGUUACUUCACAGAAGAGAUAAAGGCAAGACUCAAAGCAUACAACCUAAAGCAUGCAAGAGAUCUGAUCCGAGCUAUUUCCAAACGGGUCAAGCCUCCUCAGGUUUUGAUGAGGCCAGAAUUGACACGCUCGGCAUACAAUCUGCAGUCCUCAAGCAUGUCUACACGCUAUCGCACAGGAUCAUCCAUGUCUGGUAAAAGCAUGCUGCCACCCGUGACAGGGCAGGUCGCCCAGAAAUAUCUCAUGUACUGAAUUUUGCAUGCGAAUCCACUGAUAACCAAGCUUUACAUUUAAAAAUGUAAAAUAUUGUCAAAUUUGCAUGGGAGAUAAGUCUUAUAAUAAAAACUUUAAUUGAAAUUGAAAAGGGUUAAAUAUUGUUUGUAUUUAAUGGGCCUUGAAACUCUUGUGUAAUAGAGUUUUUUGUUUUGCAUGGUAAACUUAGAAAACAAAAUAGAUCAAAGACAUAUUGACACUGAAAAAUGAUAUGACCUUCAACUCAAACCCUUUCAGUGCGGGAACCGAAUUUUGAAGGCCUUUGCAAACAGUUUGGAUCCAGAUGAGACGCCACAGAACGCGGCGUCUCAUCAGGAUCCAAACUGUUUGCUAUUCUGAUAGUAUUCUUUGAAAAAAAUCAAAGAAAAUGCUAAUUUUACAAAUUCAGCAGACGACAUUUUAGCAGACGAAAAAUUUCCCAGCAUGCAAAGGGAGAGAGAUCAUAUUCAUUUGUUUGGAAUAUUGCCAUGAAACUUAUGACGUUUAAGGUGUCUACUUGACAUUGGAACGAAAUUUUAUGUAUGAUGACUAGGUAAAACAUAUCUGGUUUCCAAAAACUUAUAACCAUAAGCUUUAUUCAUGUUUCAAAUCUCAUGUAUAUUUAUACACCAAAUCAGAGUUUUGUUGAUUGAAAAGCUGUUCAUAUCUUAAGCAUUUGAUUUUUUGCUCAGCAUUAUUUUGCUCUACAUUUAGUAGUUUUUUAUUAAUUUGUAAAUAACUGAACAAUUAUUAAUGCUUUUCUUUUCUAUUACCUACACUUGAAUCCACAUGCAAUGUUAUAUCACAAAUGAAGACUUCAAUCUGUUUUGACUAUUUAAGAAAAUGAUUGGCGUGUUUGUUUGUAUCUAGGAGCAGUUUGUUGAAAAGUUGGAAAUAAUAGAACAAUUGUAAUGUUUUUGAAAAGAAUUUAAUAAAUAUUUUGUAUAUAUAUAUAGUGCUGACAUCAAUCUCAUUCUUUUAAUAGCAUGCUUAAUUGCAUUCCUAUUAUCCCCUGCCAUAGGCGGAUGGAUAUUGUUUUGGUGUUGUCCGCCAGUCUUUCUGUCCGUCCAUCUUUCCAAUCGUCUGUCCAGCACUUUUGAGUCCGGAGCCGUAUUUAACCAGGUUUUCCAAAGGAAAAAACUGGUUAUUAGAUUGGCGAAUGUCGGAUGGCAGGCGGGCGGAACAAGCUUUCCAGGCCAUAACUUUGUCAGAUUUUUAAAUCAUUUGGCACAUUUAUUCACCAUCAUUAGACGGUGUGUCGGGCGAAAGAAUUAUGUUGAUAUCUCCAAGGUGAAGGUCACAAUUUAAGUUUGAAGGUCAAAAAUGGCCAUAAAUGAGCUUGUCCGGGCCAUAACUUUGUUGUUCAUUGUCAGAUUUUAAAAUCAUUUGGCACAUUUAGUCACCAUUAUUGGACGGUGUGUUGCGAGAAAGAAUUACGUCAAUAUCUUCAAGGUCAAGGUCAGAAUUUGAAUUAGAAGGUCAAAAAUGGCCAUAAAUGAGCUUGUCUGGGCCAUUUCUAUGUCAUUCAUUGUGACAUUUUAAAAUCAUUUGGCACAUUUGUUCACCAUUAUUGUUAUUGGACGGUGUGUCGCACUAAAGAAUUACGUCAAUAUCCAAGGUCAAGGUCGUCACAACUAAAAAUAGAUUGAUUUUGAAACAACUAUGUAACUAUGAACAAUCAGUAACAAUGCACAUUUUGAUUUUGAGCUGUCUCUCUUUAUCAGACUUUUUAUGCCCCCGGUAGGGUGGCAUAUAGCCGUCCGUCAGUAUGUCAGUAUGUGUGUAUGUCAGUCUGUCCGUCCGUCCAAAAAAAAAAUAAUGUUGGCCAUGACUUUUGCAUUAUUGAAGAUAGAAACUUGAUCUUUGGCAUGCAUGUGUAUCUCAUGAAGCUGCACAUUUUGAGUGGUGGAAGUUCAAGGUCAUCCUUCUAGUUCAAAGGUCAAAAAAAAAAUUCAAAGCAUCAUUCUCAUGAAGCUGCAUAUUUUGAGUGGCGGAAAUUCAAGGUCAAGGUCAUCCUUCAAGGUCAAAGGUCAAAAGAAAAAAAAAAAUCAAAGCGGCGUGCUCAUGAAGCUGCGUAUUUUGAGUGGUAGAAGUUCAAGGUCAAGGUCAUCCUUCAAGGUCAAAGGUAAAAAAAUAAUAAUUCACAGCGGCGCAAUAGGGGGCAUUGUGUUUCUGACAAACACAUCUCUUGUUUUUUCUAAUUGAAAUCGAGGUCAAUUUUACACAAGGGGGUUAACAAUACACAUUUUGAAUUGUCUCCCUUUAUCAGACUUUUUUUCAACUGAAAACCUGGUUUUGUGACAAUUUUGUCCCUUGUUUGGAAGUGCUUUCGCGGAUUUCAUUGAAACUUGGUAUGAGGUUGCUAGGGUAAUGGUCAAAGUAACACAUUAAGGUCAAAAUCACACAUUUUGAUUAAAUAUGCCUUAUUUGGUAAGUAUUCUUCCAUACUAAAAUGGAUUCUCAAAAUGUCCUGAUGUAAUUGUUCUCAAUUAUCAGGCACAACCCUUCAAUAUACCUUUUCUUUGAGUUCUACACUCAUCCAUAAACAAAAUUAAUUUAGCGGGGAUAUCAAUUGAAUGAAUUUGCUUGUUUAUUAUAUUUUCAGAGAUAUCUUUUACUAUAAUUGACAUUGUUGUCAAUGAAUACUAUUUAGGAUAUAAUUUUUAGUGCUAUAGACUUUAAUUAAGUGCAACAUUUGAUAUCAUUUGAUUGAGGUUUUUAUUGUUCUAUAUGGAUGCAUAUAGUAAUGGCAUCGACUGUCCUUCUGUAUUUUCUUAAAUUGGUCUGUCCUGUUUCUUGUGUGUAGCAUAACUCAUGAAAUAUUGAAGUGAUCCAAAUUAAACUUCACAUAAUUAUACUUGGGAAAUGUAUAUUACAAGAACAAUAAACCAGAGUUAUUUC